UGGGACUAUAGCGGGAAAUUGUAGACCCAGGCACCAAGAAAAAAUGAAGGGUGGAGCACAUGAGUGAAGGAACCAACAGAUUUUUUUUGCUGAGCUUUAGCAAGCUCAGCCAGCCCGUCAGCUUUUGUAUUGUUGAUGUUCAAAACUUUAGAAAAUGAAGCGAUUGCCUGUGUAAGUACCUUUGACAAAUUGUAUGAAAUACCUUCGAUUCAGAAUCAAGGACAGCCGAUUCAGCACUAUAUUUGCAACUUCUAUACAAGAAAUUUAAUGCCUUUGAGAACAAGUAGGCAACUUGGUGAUACUUAAUCUUUCCUCUUUUCUAUCUUCCUCUGAUCUUUCUUUUUUCUAGUUAGGUCUGCUCCGCCACGGCUAUUAACAAGGAGGCAG